AUGAAUUAACCAAUAUCACUAAAUUGUCAAAAUCCAAAAAAAGGAUACCUCAUAUAGAGAGGAGUAAGUAAAAUCAAUCAGAAUCCAAAGGAGAAACAAACAUUUGCUGACUAUGUGAAUUCAUUGUCGGAAUCAUAACAUCAUCUGCUCACUCAUAACAAGUCUCCUAGAAAAGACUCAGUGCCCAAACGAAAUCCCCCGCUCCCUAAAUUAGAAUUGCCCAAUCCUGAUAUCAUGAAUAAGAGAUUUGUUGUAAAUGUAGGUAAAUGUCCGAUCACUAAUUUCCAAUCGCCUAUUUAUAGACCUAGUGUACAAUCCCAUUAAAAUUAAUUCCAUAACCUCUACUCUCCCAGACACUAUUCUUUUGAGACUCGGAAGUCUCUCGUUCCUCAAUAAAGAUUGUUGCCUAUCCAUCGAACUUCGGUCAACAAUAUCACUGGUAGGAGCGUAAUGGACGAUGACAUGAGUCUGUUCUAUUAUAAAAUUGGAGGCUCUGAAGUUGUUGAUCAACUCAAUGAGGAAUUCCAUAGUUAUUCAACUCAACACGAGAUGAUCUCAUAGAUUGAUGAUUUAGAAAGAUAUAAAUAACGAUUCAGGACGUUCUUGGAAUACAUUAUGGGAAAGCCCAUAUUCUAUAAUCUGGAACAGCUAAAAGAGAAACAUAAGGAUUUAAGACUCAAAAAUAGAGAUUUCAAUUAAUUCAAAAACUAUUUAAUUGUAAACAAUACUCAUCUAAUAUAGACAUGCUUCUUAAAAGUCAAUAAAGGACAAUUAGAUUUUGUGUUUGAAUUCAGUUCCAUGAUUGAGCAAUAUCGUUAUUGUAUCAUCAAUAGCAAUACUCCAUUCGCAAUUAUCUACAACCAGAGGACGGAGAAGUUGAACACAAAAGACGUCCCAGAUGCAAUCCUGCAAUUAGCUCAGAGCAGCUAUCAAAAGAUUUUCUAGGACAAUUCUCUAGCACCCUACUUCAUAGGCAUCGAAAUCAAACAAUAAGCCAGAAAAUUGGGCAAGAUCCUGUCUCAAUUAAUGGCAUGGGAACAAACCAAUGAUCAGAUCUUGGUUGAGAUGAGACAGUCCCAUAAGGGAAUGCAUCUCACAAAUGUCCAUUUCACACUCUUUAAAUAGCAUUUGAUUGAGUCUAUGCGUCAAUUGAAUAUACAAGAGAAACAAAUAGAGUUGGUGACAUCUAGAAUGGAUGGGUAUCGAAGUUACAUCAUUAAUCAAGACUCUUUGCUCGACUACUAUGGGGAACAGUCUUCCCUAUUGUAGGUUUAGCAGAAGAAGUAUGUGUAAUUGUUGAAAAGAGAUGUCAGAAUGUAAAACUAUCCCUUGAUAGCCCUGGAGAGACAUUCUUAAUUUAUAUUGAGAUAUCUCACUCAUCAACACAUACCAACCCUCACAAAAAAUGAUUUGUGGACUAUCCAUUCGAAGUAUAACAUAGCCACUGAAUGGAUCGAUUCCUUUCGGGAUAACUUUUUUCAACUUAUUAAGAGUCUCAAUUUAAAUGCCUUGAUCAUCUAAGAUUACGAAGAUAUCUGGUAUAAACUAAGGAAGAAUAUCACCUAAUGCCACUCGAUUGAAAGCAGCGUUGGUAAGAAGAAGGUGGAAGUUGUAAUAGCGAAAGUUUAAAUGAAAUUGUAAGACAAUGAAAACUAUACAGAAUAUUUUAAGAAUGCCAACUACCAAAUGAAUUUACAUCUGCAUCGAAUUAUUGCUUUUAUUCUUAAAGAUUAACACAUAUAUAACUCUAAUGAUUUGAAGGUCAUUCAUCAAUCAGUGAAAAUUAGAGAAAGCACAUUUAAUUUGUUUGUUUAAUUCUUAAAAAAUGCUAUGUAAGAAGAAGCCAUUUGUUCCAGUCUAAUUGCUUAGGCUGAAGAAAUUUGUAAUUAUUAUAAAAAGAGUAUAUGUACUUGA